AUUGCCUGCUGUAGUAGCGUCACACAGUCAUCUAGAUCUGCACCGAUCACACAUCUUGUGGCUGACUAUUAUCGUGAACGGAACCUCUAGUAGGCCUACUGGCAUCCUACAACGAUGAGCGAGGGGAGUGCCUCGACCUCAACGUCACACGGAGAUCUGGACUCGAGUCGGUCAGUGAAGCUGGUAGUUGCAGUUGACUUUGGAACAACCUACAGUGGAUAUGCGUUUUCUAUUGGGAGCCAUCGCACCAUCUACAUGAUGAAGAAACCGACAGGAGGUGCAGGGGACCAAAAAAUUCCAACGUGUUUACUGCUAGAACCUGACCUUAAAUUCCAUUCCUUUGGAAAAGGCGCCCAAUAUCAUUACUACAACGAGUUGGAGGAAGCAGAGCAGCACGAAUGGCUUUACUUCGACAGGUUCAAAAUGAGUUUGCAUUCGUCCAAGUCCUUGAACAGAGACAAGACGCUGAAAGCUGCGUGCGGGAGAGAAAUUCUGGCUCUCACUGUGUUUGCUCGGUCCCUCGAGUUCUUCAAAGACAACGCUUUGGAGGACAUCAAUGCAGCCUCAGCAACUGAUUUUCGCUUGCACGAAGUGACCUGGGUUGUGACUGUACCAGCAAUAUGGGAAGAACCGUCUAAGCAAUUUAUGAGAGAAGCAGCCUACAUGGCUGGAAUGGCAGAUAGCGCUAAACCUGAUCAACUAAUCAUUGCUUUGGAGCCUGAAGCAGCAUCUCUGUACUGUCGUCAGAUGGAAAUGCUUGAAAGAAAUCUAUCUGGUGCUGCUGUCCUUGGACAAUUGAAGCCAGAGACAAGGUACAUUGUUGCAGAUUGCGGAGGAGGAACUGUUGAUUGUACAAUUCAUGAGAUUACAGAGAGAAAACAUAUAAAAGCUUUGCAGCCGCCUAGUGGAGGACCUUGGGGAGGAACAGAAGUUGACAAGAACUUUGAAAAUCUAUUGGCAAAUAUUUUUGGGUAUGAAUAUUUGCAGCAAUUUAAACUGAAGGAACCUGCUGAAUGGGUUGAUUUGAUAUCAGUGAAUUUUGAAAACAGUAAAAGGGAUUUUAGUCAAGGUCGUUCUCCACCGGCUAUUCGAAUUGAUGCACUGAUUAGGUUCCUCAGAGAUGAAGGGCAGCAAGCUGAUCAAAUGGUGAGAGAUUUUGCAAACCAAAAUGUCACUCUUCGACGAGGUGCAUUGCGCCUUACUAAGGAGGAAGUAACUGCACUCUUCACACCAGUGGUAAACAAGAUCAGAGAUCAUAUUGUGUCAAUGGUACAGAAAAUCAAUGGUCUCAAAUAUGUAGUCAUGGUAGGUGGCUUUUCAGAAUCAAGUUACCUUGCACCGGUCAUCACAGAAACUUUUAAAGAACAAAUUCCAGUAAUUGUUCCCCAUGAUGCAAGGCUGGCAGUUGUGAAAGGCGCCGUAUUGUUUGGUCAAAAUCCCAAUGCAAUCUGUGAGAGACGUGCAGCCAACACUGUUGGGAUUGGUACAACACAGCCAUUUAUUGAGGGCUAUCAUCGUCCUACAUUUCGCAUUUCUGGGCUUACAGCCGAAGAGGAUUUGUGUGACAAUGUCUUUGAAACAUUUGUGCAAGCUAAUGAUGCCGUAGAAGUUGGUAAGAGUGUGCAAAAGUCAUUUAGUCCAAGCUUUGAAAGGCAGAUGGAUGCACUUGUUGACAUCUACUUUUCACCAAACAGGGAUGUAGCAUACACAACUGAAGAAGGAGUUUCACACAAAGGUGAGAUGUUGGUACCCCUUAAUGGAUGUGGAUUAGAUAGAGAAGUCAAGAUCAGUAUGUACUUUGGAGAAUCUGAGUUCAAAGUUACUGCAAGUGAUGAAACUGGAAGGAGGAAACAAGUGACCGUCAACUUUUUGGGUAGAUACAAUUAGAGCAUAUUGCACACAUAUUUCAUCAGUAUACUGCAGAAUGUCCAUCACACAAGAAACUCAAUGUAUGUCAUUUAUUUGCUGUUAUAUGCGCUAGAAAGUACAAACCAAUGUUCUUGGGAUUACAUAGCUAAUAGAUAGAUAGGUAGAUAGGUUUAUUGGAUAUCAUGUAAAUUUUCUAGAUAGGUAGCUAAUCAACGUAUGCAUUUUGAGCCAAGAUGGUAUUGACACUAAAAAUGUAUGACUUCCGUUCA